AUGUGGGAGAUUAUUUCAGUCAUAGAGGAGAAGAAACCGGGUGACACGGACAGGCCAUUUCCCGUGCUGCGCCGCCUCGAUCUCGACCUCCCCGCCUGCUCGCCUCUCGUCCUGCGCUUCGUCUCCUGCCUCUCUGCCCAGCUUCAAAAUCUCUCACUCGGCGCUGCAGAUCAUUUCGCGGCCCAGGAGGGCAGAGAGGGUGCUGAAAGCGGUGACAACGCGGAAGGGCGGAGGGGGCAUGAGGGGGACAUGGAUAUUCCUCUGGAAGUCCCGCCGCUCCCGCCUGCACCUGCUCCCCACCUGCCCCGCGCACCUGACAUCCCUCUUCCUUCGCAGCGACCGGCCCCUCCCAGUGGCCGCUGCACGCGCCUCACCUCACCUCGCUUGAAUCCCUCUGCACCAACAUGCAGCCAGAGCAGGCUGCUUCUUUCCCUCCCGGUGUACUGGCGACAGUAA